GCGGCCUGUGGGAGGGGGCUCGGGUCACUAGCGCUCAUGGCUCCCUGUGUGCGUGGCACAACCGUGCGGGGGACAGGACACGGCUAGAGAUUCCCUUCAAUGGAUAUUGACUUGGAUUAUGAGCGACCUAACAUCGAGACCAUAAAGUGUGUGGUGGUUGGAGAUAACGCUGUGGGGAAAACACGACUUAUCUGUGCCCGUGCAUGCAAUGCCACCCUCACCCAGUACCAGCUGCUUGCCACCCAUGUGCCUACUGUCUGGGCAAUUGACCAAUACAGAGUGUGCCAAGAGGUUCUUGAGCGGUCUCGCGAUGUGGUAGAUGAGGUCAGCGUGUCCCUGCGUCUUUGGGACACAUUUGGAGAUCACCACAAGGACAGACGCUUUGCCUAUGGCAGGUCUGAUGUGGUUGUCCUAUGCUUCUCACUGGCUAAUCCCUACUCUCUGCGGCAUGUGACAAGCAUGUGGUAUCCUGAGAUUAAGCACUUCUGUCCUCGAACUCCUGUGAUUCUUGUUGGGUGCCAACUGGACCUGCGAUAUGCUGACCUGGACGCUGUAAAUCGAGCGCGACGUCCUCUGGCAAAGCCCAUAAAACCCACAGACAUCCUCUCUCCAGAACCGGGACAUGAAGUGGCCAAGGAGCUGGGCGUACCCUACUAUGAGACCAGUGUGGUGGCACAUUUUGGAGUGAAGGAUGUCUUUGACAAUGCUAUUAGGGCUGCUCUCAUCUCGAGGCGACACUUACAGUUUUGGAAGUCCCACCUGAAGAAGGUUCAGCGCCCCCUGCUUCAGGCUCCUUUUCUGCCGCCCAAGCCACCUCCACCAAUCAUACAUGUAAUGGAUCAUCCUCACAGCACUGACAGAGGUCCUGCUGCCCUCUUCUCCACUCCACUUUGCUCAGAUGUAGUUUUCCUCUUGCAGGGUGGGCAGAACGUCUUUGCACAUAAAGUCUACCUGGCUACAGCAUGCUCCAAAUUUUAUGAUCUCUUCAAUUUGGAACUAAGACCAUUGUUUGGAGAUCAUCAGAGAGAGAACCACCAUUGUGACCACUAUAAAUCUCAAAAAAGCAGCAGAUCACGGGACGUAUAUUCAAAAACUAACUUUCUGGAUGGAGAUGCUUUAUUUAGAGUUUCUCUACAAAACCCCAGGCAUUACUUUAGUGACCCUGAAAUGGGGUGUACAUCAUGCAGUUCCUUGGGGUGGGGAAGAAGUCUGACUGGGUGGGGCAGAGGGUUUAUCAGUAUGCAUAUUAAUAUGUUUGAAGAUCCCCUUACCCAGAAGGAAAGGCCAAUGCUGGUAGUGGAGAUGGAGGCUUUGGUCCAGAUUGAACCACUAAGGGCAGUUUUGGAGUAUCUUUACACAGGCCACUUAGACCAGAGCCGAGCUGACCUCAUGCAAGUGGCAACAAUAGCUGAAGCACUUGAGGUGUUUGACCUUAGGAUGAUGGUUUCUAACCUUCUGAAUAAAGAGGGCUUUAUGAAUCAGGAAAUAACCAAAGCCUUUCACGUCCGCCAAUCAAAUCGAAUCAAAGAGUGCCUAAGCAGAGGGAUGUUCUCUGAUGUAGUGUUCAAAGUAGAUGAUGGUUCAGUGCCUGCCCACAAGCCCUUGCUAAUCGCCAGCUGUGAUUGGAUGGUUGCAAUGUUUCGAGGGUCUUUCCGGGAAAGCUUUGAUCAGGAGGUGUCACUGCCUUGCACCAUGUCUUCCUGCCUGCGCGCCGUGCUAGAGUACCUGUACUUGGGCCACUUCUCACCAGGAUCUGACUUGGACUGUAUGGAACUUCUGGCUCUGACCAACAGGCUCUGUCUGCCCCACCUGCAGGCCAUGACUGAACAACAUGCUGUGGAUGAACUUCUCAACACCUUUGUGCAGGGGGCUGAUAUUGAUGGAGAGGUUCUGCAUUACUUGCAGAUGGCGCAGUUCCAUAAUGCCAAGCAGCUGGCAGACUGGUGUCUUCAUUAUAUCUGCACCAACUACAACACAGUGUGCCGCAAGUUCCCUCGUGAGAUGAAGUACAUGACACCAGAAAACAAGAGUCACUUUGAGCGUUUCCGCUGGCCACCCGUGUGGUAUCUGAAGGAGGAAGAUCGCUAUCUGCGAUGUAAGAAGGAACGAGAGCGAGAGGAAGAGCUUUUGCGCAAGCAGCACAGUAAAAGCAAGUGGUGUUUUUGGCACUCAUCUGUAUCCUGAGCCCAGCACUUGUCUGUAGGUGCCUUCCUCUGUCUUCUGUUGCCUGGCUCUGUGCUGCCAGAAGAUGGGCCUAGAUCCUGGCUGAGUUUGAUUACAGAUUAAGAUACUCAGUAUUAUUCAGUGCUCAGUGAUUAUCCCUCACUUUGUGGUUGCCUGAUAUCCUGAGGAUUGUGUUAAAUUGCACUAAUCGGCUGCAGUUUGCUGUGCUGCUCUGGCACUUACUGGGUGAUAUGGUUACAUUAUACUAUUGUGUGCACGUUCUAGCUCAUUCUACUGCUUUAGGCUGGUGACGGACACUUAGCAAUGUUUGCAUGCCUACCUGGUGGUGGGGGGAGGGGGUUGUUAAAGGAAGACUGUGCCAGUAACAGGGAGUGCAACUGUCAAGGGUCAGUAUGGGUACAAAAUCAUCUGGGGUGUCUACUAACAAGGCAAACAGAACAUAUUACCAGCCACAGAGGAAACUACUGUGGCCUUUUACAUAGAGACAUCAGUUGUUAAUCUAGAGCAAAUUCACAAAGAAUGAGAGGUCUCACCUUAGUGAAUCAGAACCAUUAGAUAACAUAGGAAGUAAAGCACAACCUGUAGAUUUUCAUACAGUGAGUGAGCUUAUGGGUUUAUGGUCUCUGUGUAUAGAAUAUUAACUACAUGCACAUUAUUAAGAUUUGUUAGGUUAUAGGAAUACCUUGCACCAUUAUACAUAACAAUGUAACUGACCUUCAUAAUUGGUUUAUGGGGUACACACCAUAGAUCCUGAAAACUGACGCACUAGAGAAGUGUUGGAGAGAAAGCCAAUUACCGGAAUAAUCCCCAAUAUCUUCAUGCAGGAAAUAGUAAAGAAAGUGAUGAUUACAAAGGAAAAACAGACGUAUUUUUCAUCUGGAUUAGAGGUUAAUAGCUCUGUAACCUAGAGUUGUUUUAUUCACCCGACACCACCUGACACCGAGCGCUAAAUGUAUCUCAUAGCGGUGAGCAGUGACACCGUCAGCCCCUCUACAGAAGUAGUAGUAGUAAUAGGCACGUGCUGUGUGUGCGCUUUGUUCCCUUCUCGUUAUACUAUAUAGUAUGAUAAUUUCACAGGUCCCUGGAAGUGCCAACAAGCUGGAGGAAUGGGACACUUCAUCCAUUUAAUAGGACAACAAUAUCACUUUCACUCCGUAAGUAAUACGAGUUAAGUAGGAAAAGGAACCCCAAAUAAGGUACCGGUGCUGCCCCUUUAAAUUAAACUGUGAAAUAAGGAAAGAAAGAAAGAAUAAGGGGCUAAUAGCACUCACACCUACCUAUGAAGUAUACACAUAAAAUGAAACUUUAAUUGGAAUAGAUUAAAAUCAGAGAAGACUCUGUACUCAACGCACUAAACCCAUACCCCAUAAAAAGCCGUUUGUCACUCCCCUGUUUCCUGGCCGAUAUCAGGAAGUGUUGGCUUUAUAUGUCAGGAGUGACAAUUACGGUUAAAUGUACAACAGACGCGUUUCGGACGUUCCGCGGCCUUUCUCAAUGUUGUGGAAAUAGUGUAAAAUGAACCAUUCAUUUUACACUAUUUCCACAACUGUUAUUGGCCAGGAAACAGGGGAGUGACAUACAGCUUUUUAUGGGGUAAUGGGUUUAGUGUAUACUUCAUAGGUAGGUGUGAGUGCUAUUAGCCCCUUAUUCUUUCUUUUCUUAUUUCACACUUCAUCCAUUUGCAUGGCCAUUAUCAUUUCUUAUGCCAUUAGGUAGUAUGUAUGUUGGGGUUUCAGCUUUGCUUUGUGACCUGUACACUGGGACUUUACCUUUUAAAGGAUAUUUUCUUAAACAGUCUUUUUCUUUGGUUCUCGUUGCUGAGAUUCUUACACAGAGCUGUGCAUUCAUUAUAGCAGUUAGCCAGUGUCUGCAUCAUUAAUCAGAGCACUUGCUUCAUUUUAUAUAAGUGACUAUGGAUACAGAUACUGAGCUUGCUGUGUUUUCAUUGUAUUUUAUUAUUUCUUCCCACUCGUGUAUCGUUUUAUAGUAUGAUUUUGGUCCUCUUCUUCCUCAGAGCAGGGUAAAAACCACCCUGACAUAGGAUGGACAUUUGCUAUACGGAUCAAAAUGUAAUCAAGGAUUUACUUCCCCCCCAAAAUAACAAACUCUUCUGCCAGAGCAGAUCUGACACCAUCUUACCCCCAUGAUGCUGUGGGUCCUGAAUAUUCAGUUUUCCCUCUGUUGACAGUUUGACUCAGGCCAUAGUUAUGUUUCUGUUUGAGGUUUAUUCUAGCUGCAUGAUUCAGGAGAGUUUACUUAAUAUUUAUUGAUUGGUUUGUUGUAUAUGUGUGCCCCAGCAGUUGUAAAUGCUUUUUUGUUUCUUAGCUUUGAGUGCCGUUCUAAGUUUGCUUGUUACCAUUUUUAUAUGAGAGUGAAUAAUGCAGGUUAUUCUCCUCUUAUACCGAGCAAGAGAGGUUCAUUACUAAAGGGACAGUUUAGACCAAAUGCUUAAUCUUUAUUACUUAUUGUUACAUACCAGACAAGCAUUUUGCAAAGAAGUACAUAAAACUUUUAAAUAAUGAUAGUUUGUUAGCAGCCGAAAAUGGCCGCCAAACUAAGUCACCAAGUCCUCUCUUAUGGUGAAUUAUGUUUUCUUUAACAUUGUUGCUGUAUCCUUGGUCAGAUACUUAGCUGGUUCAGUGGACCAGUUGUGCAACUACAGCGUCUCCCUAACACAAUGCCUGUGUGUCAGUAUGUUUCAUGGACAGCUUUAGGUCAUGCAGAUGGUUCUUUGUAAGACCAGCAUUUUUUCCUGGCUUUGACUUUCAUUCAUCACUUUGGCACUGAACUUACAGCUAUAACACUAGGAUGGUGCGGCAGGAACAAGCUUUACACUUAGCAUUACAGAUUGUUAAAUAAAAAUUGGGAACUAGAAAUAUUUAUUUGUUAUUUGGCUCCUAGUUACAAUUUAGCAUUACAGAUGUUUGAUAUAUAUUAUAAUAGAUGAAGGACUACCCUGACACAUUUAUUUUCUAGCCUAGGAUAAUUUCUCCAGUCAAUAUUUUCAUUUUUGUGAAAAGAGAAUGAAGAGCUGAUUGUAGACCUAGAAGGAGAGCAGCAGUUAUGUAUUUGUAUUGUGCUUCCUGGAGUAUGGAAAUGUCUUCAGGGCAUCUUUACUUAAGUAUGAGUUGGAUCCUACAAACUUUCAUGAGAGUUUUUUUUGCACCAUAUACCCUACUAGUUCCUCAAUGUAUCAUUAUCACAUGGGUGUGACAUUGGUUUCAGUAUUACUUUAGGGUAGUGUAUAAAGAUACUCCUAAUCAUUAUAUAGAAUGCUUUGUACAGACAGACACUCUAUGGCAUUCAGAUAGCAGGUGCCAAUCUUCCCUUUGUAUUAUGGUGUCCAUCAUACGACUGCACCCUUUACACCUUAAGCCUCCACAGCAAGUCCCUGUUAUUUUGUGGUGUAACCUUGUAGUUUAGUUACAAAAACAGCCACAGUCUCUAGCCAAGCCACUCACCUCAGUUGCUAAUGUUUACAGCACAACUUUAUCCCAAAUCAAACCUUAUAACCUUUUGGUGCCUUUUUAACAGUAUUUUGAGCUAAAUUAGAGGUCUUAUCCCAAUUAACAGUGUUAACGCAGAAACAAAAAGCUAGGAAACCUUCUGUGGCCAAGCUUGGGUUCUCCAGCAUUUUCCCUCCUACCCAAGGAAAUGUGACUGCCUUGUAUUGGAGUAGCUUUUCAGGGCAAUGGCACACCUGAAAAUGGCAAAAGUAUUAUGAGACUAUGGGGCAAGCCCUAUGUACAUGCAGAUCAUAGGGGGGUAGUGUUUGCUGGAGAGACUUGCAGGGUCCUUGGGAAUUCCACACGGAAGGUGUUCCUACAUCCAAGGGCUGUUUGUAAUAAAGAUUUUGUAAACUGAUAUAACAUUUGUAUACUUCAGCUGUGUGUACUACAGCCACUGACUUGUUUGUUUAAUAAAUCUUUUGUAUGAGCA